CUUAUUUUUUGUCCACAAAAUCCAAAGAGCAAUCGAUGUCAUGUGUACAGACUAGAUCAACAGGUGUGGAGCGGUCAGAUUUAAAAGGUCGGAGCAGAAUGUCAUACAAGUUCGCAUGCUGGGUAAGAACGCUAACUGACCUGAAUACCACGGUGCAAAAGGCCUUCAAUAUACUAUCACCAGGGGGCACACCUCUCCGAAGACACAGUAAGGGAGGCACCGCAUUGAUUAACGACCCAGCUGCUCUUAUUGCUGAGGCACUAAAGAGAAAGUUUGCCCAUCAUCGCCAUAACAUUUCCUCCGACAAAGAGAAUUCACGAGAACUCUCACCUUUUGGCAGCCCGGACACUCCCAAGGUUCCUCACCAUGCCAGACGCAGUCAGGGACACCGUCACCUGAUACCCCAUUAAAUGAUAACUUCUGAUCAGCCAGUCACAGCUCUCCCAGAUGUGCCUCACCAAUGGAUUACUACUGCAGCAACUGACCUACAUUUCUUUUCUUUUCUUUUCUUUUUUGUGGUUUGUAGAGGGUUUGUAUCACAAUGGAAAGGGAGGUUUGAUUGUAUAUUUUUAUUAACUCCAAAUCACAAUGGAGUGAUGCUCUUUCAAUUGAUGUAUACAGUAUACACCUCC